GGGUCCGGCCGCGAUGGAGGACUACGAGCGAGAGCUGCACGGCGUGGAGGACGACUUCCACAGCCAGUUCGCGGCCGAGCUCGAGGUGCUGGCCGAGCUGGAAGGGAGCGCGGGCCUGUCACCCUGCGGGCGCCCCCGGCCCGCGUUCGAGGAGGCCGCGGCUGGAGGGGACGUCGCCGCCCGCUGCUCCCCCGGUGGACCUCCAGGGAGCCGCGCGGGCGGUGCCGGGAAGAGGCCGCUGGCCGCCGACGUCCCGAGGGACGAGCCCCUGCCCCCCACCCCCAAGGUCAAAAGGCCCAGGUUGGAGGCCGUCAAGAGGCUGAACUUCGGGCCCCACGACAUGCAAGAGCUGCUGGUUCCUGACUCCCCGCCUCGGGACAUCACCCCCCCACCGAGUCCCGAGGUCCCCGCUGAGCUGUGGGGUGAGGGGCCCUUGGAUGCUGGUGCCGAAGUGGGUCUCAUGCAGGCCUCGCCGGCACCCCGCAAUCCUGUCCUGAGGCGGCCCCCUGUCCUGGAGGACUAUGUCAACGUGACCUCCACGGGUGGCAACCGGGCUUUUCUGGUGCUGCGAGCUGACUCAGUGGGUGCUGGGGUGCAGAGCCGUUUCCUUGAUGUCCGGUGGCGUGGCCGUGGUCAGUUGGACCUGCUGGGUGUGUCCUUUGCCUCCCUGAAGGAGCAAGUGGACAGCGAGCGGCGGCAGCAGCUGCUCGAGGAGGCCCAGCGGCUCUCAGACACGUUGCACAGCCUCAACCAGGAGGAGGCAGAGGAAAAGGCCCAGCUCUCGGGGGCCCCUGAGGAGGAGCCGGCCGGCAGCCAAGACACCUCCCAGCACUGCCUCUGGGUGGAUGAGUUUGCGCCCCAGCACUACACGGAGCUGCUCAGUGACGAUUUCACCAACCGCUGCCUGCUGAAGUGGCUGAAGCUGUGGGACUUGGUGGUGUUCGGCCGAGAGAGGCCAACCCGGAAGCCCAGGCCCAGUGUGGAGCCGGCUCGAGUUGGCAAGGAGGCCACAGCCUCCAGCAAGUGGAAGAGCCACGAGCAGGUGCUGGAGGAGAUGCUGGAGGCCGAGCUGGACCCACGCGGGCGGCCCCGGCAGAAGGUGGCGCUUCUGUGUGGGCCUCCAGGGCUGGGCAAGACCACCCUGGCCCACGUGAUCGCGCGGCACGCGGGCUACUGCGUGGUGGAGAUGAAUGCGAGUGACGACCGCAGCCCCGAGGCCUUCCGUACGCGCAUUGAAGCAGCCACGCAGAUGGAGUCAGUGCUGGGUGCUGGCGGGAAGCCCAACUGUCUGGUCAUCGACGAGAUCGACGGCGCCCCCACGGCUGCCAUCAACGUUCUCCUGAGCAUCCUGGACCGCAAAGGCCCGCAGGAGGCGGAGCCAGGGGUCCUGGUCGAGCCUGCGGGUGGGGGGCGGCGACGCCGGGCGGAGGGGGGGCUCCUGAUGAGGCCCAUCAUCUGCAUCUGCAACGACCAGUUUGCGCCCUCCCUGCGGCAGCUGAAGCAGCAGGCUUUCCUGCUCCACUUCCCGCCCACGCUGCCCUCACGGCUCGUGCAGCGGCUCCAGGAGAUCUCCCUGCGGCAGGGCAUGCAGGCCGACCCAGGCGCACUGGCGGCCCUCUGUGAGAAGACAGACAAUGACAUCCGCGCCUGCAUCAAUACACUGCAGUUCCUGCAUGGGCGCGGCCAGCGGGAGCUGAGCGUGCGGGCCGUGCAGACCACACACGUUGGCCUCAAGGACCAGCGGAAGGGGCUGUUCUCCGUGUGGCAGGAGAUCUUCCAGCUGCCGCGGUCCCAGAGGCGGCGCGUGGGCCAGGACCCAACCCUGCCCACCCACACACUCCUGCUCGUUGAUGGGCAUGCGGGCCUGGGACCCCACGCGGCAGAGGUGCCUCUGAGCAUGGCCUCACAGCGGUUCUACCACGUCUUGCACGUGGCUGCCUCUGCAGGCGAGCACGAGAAGGUGGUCCAGGGCCUGUUUGACAACUUCCUGCGCCUGCGGCUGCGGGACUCCAGCCUGGGCACUGUGUGCACGGCCCUCGACUGGCUGGCCUUCGACGACCUGCUGGGCCGGGCCGCCCAUCAUGGCCAGAGCUUCCAGCUGCUGCGCUACCUGCCCUUCCUGCCCGCGGCCUUCCACCUGCUGUUUGCCUCCAGCCACGUGCCGAGGAUCGCCUUCCCUAGCAGCCAGCAGGAGGCCCAGAACCGGACAAACCGGACGCAGAACUUGAUCCAGACACUGGUGUCGGGCAUCGCGCCAGCCACCCGCAGCCAAACUGCACCCCAGGCCCUUGUCCUGGACGCCCUCUGUCUGCUCCUGGACAUCCUCUCUCCCAAGCUGCGCCCCGUGAGCACACAGCUGUAUAGUGCCCGUGAGAAGCAGCAGUUGGCCAGCCUUGUGGGCACCAUGUUGGCCUACAGCUUGACCUACCGUCAGGAGCGCACGCCCGACGGGCAGUAUGUCUACAGGCUGGAGCCGAACGUGGAGGAGGUCUGCCGCUUUCCUGAGCUGCCCGUCCGCAAGCCCCUCACCUACCAGGCCAAGCAGCUCAUUGCCCAAGAGAUCCUAGUGGAGAAGAUGAGGCGGGUGGAGGUCGUGGCCCAGGCUGGGGACAACCCUCAGGACAAGGGUCCCCCUGGGGCCUAUGGUGCGCUGGGGAACCCUGGGGAGAAAGGGGUGCAGCCACCCACGCCGCACAGCCAGGAGCACAGCCACGAGCAGCGUCUGGAGCGCAUCCUGCGGAGAGCGGCCCUGGAGGAGCAGCCCGAGAGGGACUUCUUCGGCCGUGUGGUGGUCAGGAGAGCAGCAGCGACCAGCGCAGAGGACAGGGUCCCCGAGACGGACGCGGCCGAGCGGCGCAUGGGCACUGCGGUGGGCAGGAGCGACGUCUGGUUCCGCUUCAAGGAGGGCGUCUCCAACGCCGUGCGGCGCAGCCUGUACGUCAGGGACCUCCUGUAGGGGGGUCUGUGCCGGAUACCCCAUCCACGCUGACGCCCCGGGGUCCACGCUGGAUGCCCUGAUGCACGCUGGUUGCCCCCGGGGCCUAGACCGGACACCCCGCAUCCACACUGACACCCUGGGACCUAUGCCUGACGCCCCGGCGUUGCUGUUAGAAAACGCAGAGAAGCACGAACACCCC